AUGAAAGCGAUCGCCGCCAUCGGAAUGGUCGUCAUCCUGCUGCUCGUUGGAUUACUGUAUCUGAAAUUCAAAAAAGCAAUGUUUGUACUUCUGGUCCCAACUACAGUAUCCGUUCUUACUGUAAUUGCUAUAGUCUCAAAGAGACAUCGAUUCGUGUGGCCAGUGGUGGCAAUUUCGAUGUUCCACGUCAUCCUUUCCUGCUAUGCUCUUCUCAUCUUCAGCUUCUAUUUCUUCUUCAAACCAUUCUAUAUUCUGAUGAUCUCCAAUUGGAUGUUUGACACCAUGCACAACGACAAGAACGCAGCCUUCUAUUUGCAAUCGCUGGCAAUGUACACAUUUUUGACGGUUUUCAUGCUGUUCAACGCAUGGCAAGCACAUGUUGGAAUUCAUUUUAUUGAGCACAUCCACGCCGAGCGCGAAGACAACGACUCAGAGCCUCGUCAGAUCCAUCAACCAACCAUCGUCACUGUCAAUAAGCCUAUGUAUUAG